ACCAGGAAGGGCAAACUACAAACUGAAAUAGUACAGUUUUUUUCUGUGUUUUUCAUUUCUUCCUCCUUCUGAGUUGUUAGCUUUUUACUGUGUAGAGCAUGUGCUGUGACCUUUCCUCUCAUAUAAGCCUUGCAUGCAUCCCAUUCAACAACACACAAAGAGCUGGAACCUUCAUUACUCAGUCUUGGGGGCUAUUUGAACUUAAGUUCUUCAUCAUGGAGAAAAGAUAUAUUUAAUCAUCAAAUCUGAAAAGGUUUGACGAGAUCAGUAAAGUGGACGUCUCUGAGUGAUUUCCAUAAACUAUAAAGAAAAGCAAACACACUACCUAAGAUAUUGAACUGAUUUAUGGGACACUUGGGACCCUGACCCUUAUACGCUUCAAAAUAGUGCCAAUAAGGUAAACUCAGGGCAAGCAACAGAGACUAGAAGCCUUCUGUGGAAAACAGAAUUGUCCUGACAUUUCUGCCAGCAAUGGCAUCAUCGGAGGAGUACCUGUUUGAGUACAAAGGAUGUUACUUUAUCAAAACUCUAAUUACACCAGAAUACCUGGAUACACUGGAGGAUUUUGAAAUCAGAGAGAGUGAUGUAUUUCUAGUCACUUAUCCCAAAUCAGGCACUGUGUGGACACAGAAUAUUUUGAGCUUGAUUUAUCAUGAAGGACAUCAAAAUGGGACUGAAGAAGCAGACUUGAUAGACAGGGUUCCAUGGCUGGAGUGUAAGUUCCGCAAUGUUGAUUAUGCCACUCGUACAUCACCUCGCCUUUUUGCUACCCAUCUGCCCUACUACCUAGUUCCAAAGGGAUUAAGAAAUGGAAGAGCAAAGGUUAUUUAUGUGGCCAGAAACCCAAAGGAUGCCUUGGUCUCCUAUUAUCAUUAUUCCAAACUAAAUAUCUACAUCAAAGAUGCACAAGAUUUUGACAUUUUAAUGGAGAGUUUUUUAGCUGGUAAAGUGCCAGCCGGUUUAUGGCUAGACCAUAUAGAUGGCUGGUCUACUCACAGGGAUAACUUCAAUAUUCUGUUCCUUACCUAUGAAGAGAUGAAAAAGGAUCUGAGAAGCUCUGUACUGAAAAUAUGCAACUUCCUAGGAAAAAGUCUACCUGAAACAAAAGUGGAUGAUAUUGUAGAUAAGGCUUCAUUUGACAAAAUGAGAGUGGAUCCUAGAACAAACUAUGAAACUAUUGCUCCUGACAUUUUAGAUAAUACCAAAGGACACUUUCUUCGUAAAGGUACAAUCGGAGACUGGAAAAACAUAAUGACUGUCGCUCAGAGUGAAAGAUUUGACAGCAUUUUCAAGGAGAGAAUGGAAAAGCUGCCUUUCAAGUUCUGCUGGGAUAUCAAAGAUGAAUUGUGAGGAGAAAUGGGCAACUGCAUCCAUGAGGGGGGGGGGGAGAAACUAUAGUCACCCCUCAAUGUUCACAAGGGUUAGGGCACAAAGAUCCCUGUGAAGUGGAAAAACUAUGUAUAUGUGUCCCCCCCCCCCCCAAAAAAACAUGAAUGAUAAAGAGUCCUCUCCUGCCAAGAGUAUCACCUGUAACUCUCUUUGCAACCUUGAAACACAUAGCCUCCCAACAAUUCCAAAAUGCUUCCACUUUCAUUCUGAUGUAAGCAGCUCCUCCUCCCUUUCCCAGCCAGACAAAAGCAACAGCAUAUCUUCCCCACUUUGACAAACUUUGCAUUCUCCUCAUUUCCAAACUCUUUCCAGUUCAAAUCUGAUGUUUGCAGCUGUCACCACAAAGAGAAAUUGUUGCUUUUGUCUGGCUGGGAGAGAGGGGAAGAAGAAGGAGGGAAGAGAAGCUGGAUCCUCCCCAUGGGUGGUUCAAAACACUGGAUUCAAAGAGAAAUGAGGGGGAAAUGAGGAGGAUGCAAAGUCUGGCAAAGCAGGGGAAAGUACGGUGUUGGUUUUGGCUGACUGAGAGGAAGGGUGAGGAGGAGGGAUGAAGAGGUCAACCUUGUUAAGCAGCAGCUGAUGAGGAAACACAACCUCCAAAUGAUCUACAGACCAACCAGGAAAAUCCAGCAAAUGCUACGCUCAUUGAAGGACAAGAUAUACCCUUUCAUGGCCACAUUACCUCAUACUGUGCAGCUGUAGACAAGUGUACAUAGGGACCACCAAAUGCAGCAUUCAAACACUUUUCAAGGGACAUGAGAGACACUGCAGACUGGGCCAGCCAGUAAAAUCAACAGUAGCAGAACAUGUUAUAAACC